CAUUUUCAUAAAAAUCUACAUGGACGGUGGCGGCGGUCUAGCGAGCGCCGAGGCCGAGCACUAGCCACUAGCUGCUGGCGCCUAGCAGUGACUAAAUGGUGUGUAGUAUUAAUUUGUUCUAAUAUUUGUUGUUUAAACUUUUGUAGUAGUAAUAAAUAAUAAUAAUACCGUCGUAGUCGUAACUGUGCGUUUUGUCUUGUGAUUAUUAUUUGUUGAUAAACAAAAACUUAUCGAUACCGAAAACAUCGGCGUGAAACCGACGUAAAGAACGUCUUCUAACGUGAGGGAGGUCCCAUGCUAGAAGGGUUGUUCACGAGACGACGAUGGAUAUCCUAACCAAUCACGAUCGUGUCCGUCCGAAACUCUGAGAGGCCGCUCUUCAGGGUAGGUCGGUGGUUGUGGUCGUCGUCGGGGUGUGUCUGCGAAUCGCGGCAUCGCGCAGACGAUGCAACACAGUAGCGGCGUGAUCGGCAAACCGGACACGGUCAGACCGGCCAAGCAUAAUGGUGGCAACAUCGCUGGUAUGUAUGACUUGGAGCAGACGCUCGGUAAAGGUCACUUUGCUGUCGUUAAGAUGGCUAGGCAUGUGUUCACUGGUGAACAGGUAGCUGUCAAGGUGAUCGACAAGAACAAGCUGGAAGAAGUCUCUCGUAAUCAUCUGUACCAAGAGGUUCGAUGUAUGAAACUAGUGCAACAUCCUAAUGUUGUGAGAUUAUAUGAAGUGAUUGAUACACACAGUAAAUUAUAUCUCAUACUUGAGUUAGCUGACGGUGGAGAUUUAUAUGAUUACAUUAUGCGACACGAAGGCGGAUUGUCUGAGCAAUUGGCUUGUGAAUAUUUUGCACAGAUUGUACGAGCAAUAUCAUACUGUCACAAACUGCAUGUUGUCCAUAGAGAUUUAAAACCUGAAAAUGUGGUAUUUUUUGAAAAACAAGGAAUUGUUAAACUUACAGACUUUGGUUUUAGCAAUACGUUUUGUCCGGGUCAAAAAUUAGAAACGUCGUGUGGUUCUUUGGCUUAUUCAGCUCCUGAAAUUUUGAUUGGGAAUUCAUAUAAUGCUACUGCUGUUGAUAUCUGGUCGUUGGGUGUAAUUUUGUAUAUGUUGGUAUGUGGUGAAGCACCAUUUCAUUCAGCUAAUGACAGUGAAACUUUGACAAUGAUUAUGGACUGUAAGUACAAAGUGUCCAGUCAUGUGUCUGAAGAAUGUAAAACACUCAUUGGUCGCAUGCUAGUGCGAAAUCCCGAGAAACGAGCAAAUCUUGACGAGAUCGCUGCAGAUGUUUGGUUAAAAGAUGUCAAAGUGAUAAAUGACGAUGAGAGUCCGUUGGUGUCCAAACAAUUAAUUAACGAUGAUGACCAUGCAUUAAUUGUUCAAAAAAUGAUAAGUGGAAAAAUUGCAACAAAAGAACAAAUUGUGGAGGCCUUAGAUAAAAACGAGUAUAAUCAUAUAACGGCUACUUAUUAUUUACUCGCAGAAAGAAAAUUGAAGUCGGCAACACCAAAAAAAUCUCAAACUAUUAAAAAUGAUAUGAAUGUUUCUCAGUUAAAUGUAGUUGAUAAUUCUAACCAAAAUAAUGCUCCGGUGGUAGUCAAUGUUGCGCCUAAAUCUGCUACAUUAGCAUCGUUGCAUUCUGAUCGUCCUAAAAGAACACGAAAGUGUAGUGUUGUAGUUGAAGAAGAAGAUGAAAAGGAAGACGAAGAAGAGGAUGAUGAUAAUAGUUCAUUAAAUCGAAGAGGCUCUCGGUCAGAAGGAAAAUUGAAUACAAUAGCUUCUGAACUAAGAACAAAAAAACUUUUGAUCACUGAAAUUCAUGAAACAAAUCCAACAUCUGGUUCUGUUGUGUCUAACAAAAUCCCACCACCUUUUGUGUCGUCUCACAGUUCACCGCAGCUACUUCUCGAUGAUAAGCAAAAUAGAAUCGGCAAUUAUAUAACAUAUGAACAAAGACGAAGCAAAAUGCAUAAAAAUCGCACAGCAUCCUGUAGCAGCUCUGAAACUAGUGAUGAUGAUACUGAUGGUCGUAAAAAGCGAGGCAGUAGUAGGUCAUUGGCUUCAUUUAAGGGUAAUGAUAAGGAUCCUGAUAAUGAUGGAAUGGGAAAUGCUGGUGGGCAAGGAACAGAGCCAUCACAAGAACAUAACACUGAUGAUCAAAAAAGAGAUGAGAAUAGUGGAAAUAAAACAGAACGACCAAGUGGAAGUACUGCAGGCAGACGGCGAUGCAUAAGUGCGAAUGUCAGAAGUCGAAGGGGUAGAUCAGCUGAAACUAGAUUAAGAGAAAGUCAAAGUUUGAAUCGUAUCACUGAAGUCCAAGAGUCUGAAGUAAACACCCCCAGUUCAACCGCCAACUGCGAUAGCUUUGAAUUCAUCAAUAAAAACUGCCAGGUGGCUGUGGAUAAUACCGUUGCCGAUAAAAACCCUGCAACCAUAUCAACUUUACCCCAAUAUAAAAAACACCAAACGCCUAAACGUAUCUCUUUGUUUAGUAAGUAUUUAAAUUUACAAAAAAAACUGUGUACACAAAUUCUGUUUAGCAAGAAGAACACCGAUAAUCGUUUAUACAAGGCAAAAUCGUGUUCAGAAAUGGCUAACUCCAAAAUUGCCAUAAGAGAAGUGAGUGCAGACAGGUGUUGAUCCCUUCUCAAGCACUGCACAACAAAUGUAUUAUUAUUUAGUCCAGGUGUAUUAUGUCAAACAAUACUUUAAUUUAUUACCUUUUUAUCAUUGAAUUUCCACAAGAAUAUUAUUUCUAAAUUUAUAUGGCUCUUAUUAGUGAUAUCAUAUAAUAUGAUGACACUAUAACAAUGAUUUUUAUUUAAUAUGACUUGCAACACAAUAUUCCCUAAAAACUAAUCUGUUACCGAAUAAAUGGAUUUUCUAUUAUAAUUAUUAACUUGUUUUAGUUUAGAAAUAUUUUUUUUUAAGAAAAUUAAAUUUGUUAAUUUUUAACCAAAGUUAAUUUUUACACGCAUAUAUUUUUAUACAUGAGACUUGCUUAAAUGUGCAGUACAAUUAUUAAGACGCACAUUGAACUAUUUGUUUUUUGUUUUUAAGUUUUUAGUCAAUACCAAAUUGUUAUUAUUUUUGAUUGUAUAAUAUAUUGAAUAUAUUGGUGAAAAGGAGAAACAAUAAGAUUUUACUAGAUAAUUAAAGAAAUCAGACUAGUCAAUUUUAUCCUCAAUAAAGGUCACAAAGAAAUCAAUUUGUUUUAUAUAUUAUUUAAUUUAAUUUGUUGUUUAAUUAUUAUUAUUAUUAUUAUUAUUAUUUUUGACUAAUGUUUAAAAUUAAAAUAUUUAAUAAAUAAUAUCUCUAUAGUUGAAUGUUACAUACAAGUAGACAAAUAGAUAAUAUUUAAUAUUUAUCAAUGUAUUUUAUUGCUAUCCACAAAACACUAUUACCACUGUUUAUCGGUUGUGAAAACACUUAACGAUGAACAUAAAUAUUUAUUUAUGUUUGAGAUCUUACUUAUAUCAUGAUAACCGUUCUGUUAGCAGAAUAUCAUUGAUACUAACAACAAUAAAAUACUUUUUUUUUUUACCAUGGGCAUAAAUAUUAGAAAAAUAGUGCCAUAUUUAUUAUAUAUACAUUAAUAAUUAACAAUUAUACACAAUAUAUAGAUAAUUUUAUUAUUGUUAACAUAAUAAUUUUGUAUACCAAAAACUAAAGUAUGUUAUUAUAAACACAAAACAAAGUAUAAGUGUGCAAUAUAUUUACUAUAUAUAUUUUAGAAAUUUGAAUAACAUUAAAGUUGACAAUCGAAGGUUUUAACUUCUUUUCUGUUACGGAAAUAACUAGUUCAUAAGUUCAUUAGAAUUUUUGUUUUUAAUAUGAUGAAUAUCAGUAUAAUAUAACGGUCUGAGCAAAUAUUAAACUACUCUAAUGGUAAUAAUAACCGUUUCAUAUUAAUUAUG